CACAGUACCGUUUCGUUGUCUGAAACGUAACGUUGUGCCAGACCCUACGAUGAUAUAACGUCUGAAUUUUUUCUGUCCGAUUCUGAAAUCAAUUUAUAUGUAAUACUACGUUGUUUAUUCGUAUGUUUUUUAUGAUUACCACUUGAUCUCGAUCGACUCGUCAAUGUGGCUUGAUUUAUUUUAAUUGAUAUCGACUGUACCAUCAUUAUACCACAUAGUAUAUCUAUCUACUACUAAGCGGUUCCGUAAGAAAUCGCUUGUAGAAAUCAAAAAAUUGUAUGAACUUCAUCGACAUUGAUGGACAAUUGUUUAAAAGUGUUUUGAUAAUCAAACAAUCGCAUGCACAUUCUUACAUUAGUAUGUGACUAUCGCACAUGUGCAUUUGGCUUCCAACUAUCAAAACGGGCAUUAUAGCGUCACGCCUCAUCAGCGCCCAAAUAACUAGACAUGCGGCAGUGUCAGUGGACGCGAAUCCGUCAGCAUCGCCAGAGAGACCGACGACCACCGCCGCCUCCGCUGCUGUGGCCGGCGAUACUCAGCAGCAGCAAUGCGCCUCGACGGUAACCGCAAACGAUCAUCACCCGAGCGAUCCGCAGCAAUCGGCGGCGGCCACAGCUGCGGCUGCUGACAGCCCGCGAGAUUCGCAAGGGUCAACUUGCAACAAGACUGAAUCUGCGACGGGGACGGCGGCGACGUCUUCACCGCGACCGAUAUGUCCGAACUUGCCCUACUCGCCCGCGUGUUCGCCGCGGUUCGCCAGACGUCGGCCGCCGUUGCGCGAGUGCCGCGUGUCCGUCAACGUGCAGAGCUUGGACGAUCCGAAUGCUCAUCAAAAGCUCAACCAGUACAAACUGAUCGAUUCAAUCGGACAGGGAUCUUAUGGACUUGUAAAAUUGGCGUAUAACGAACUAGAUGACAAACAUUACGCUAUGAAAAUAUUAUCUAAGAAAAAGUUAAUGAAAAAAGCUGGGUGUUUUGGCAGACUAAACGCCAGGCGUAAAGGAGCCAAUCCUCUAGACAAAGUCUACAGGGAAAUAGCUUUGUUGAAAAAACUUGAUCAUCCUAAUGUAGUGAAACUAGUCGAAGUUUUAGAGGAUCCAGAUGAAGAUCAUCUUUAUUUGGUGUUUGAAUUAUUGGAGCGUGGUGAAGUGAUGCAAGUUCCUGGUGAUCCUCCAAUGUCCGAAUCGAAAGCCAGGUCAUACUUCAGGGAUAUUUUAUUGGGCUUAGAAUAUUUGCACUUUCAGCGGAUCGUACACAGGGACAUCAAACCGUCGAACUUAUUGAUCGACGCCAGCGGGCACGUGAAAAUCGCCGACUUGGGCGUGUGCAACGAGUUCGACGGAAGCGACGACCUGUUAAGUUCGAGCGCGGGCACACCGGCGUUUACGGCUCCCGAAGUGCUGGACCCGUCGACGAAAACGUAUAGCGGUCGAGCGCUGGACGUGUGGGCACUGGGGUGCACGUUGUACGCGUUUGUCUACGGUCGGCUGCCGUACACCGCUGACACGGUGCUGGCGGUGCACGAGCAGAUCCGCACGCAACCGGUGCAGUGGCCAGUCGAACCGGAAACGUCUCCUCAACUGGUGCACCUGUUGCACCGCCUCCUUGACAAGGACCCGGAUACCAGGAUCACGUUGCCGGCCGUCAAAAAGCACGACUGGGUGACAAGGGCGGGGGCCGAGGCGCUGCCCACCGAGCGUGACAACUACUGCCGCGAGCCGGUCGAGGUCAGCGAAGAGGAAAUGAUGAACGUCGUCAAGUCCAUACCCAAGCUCAACACCCUAAUACUGAUCAAAGCUAUGCUGAAGAACCAUUCAUUCCUUAAUCCGUUUGCAGCAGACGAGUCGAAACGAAAACUUCAGUCAUCCAACCGUUCGCAUUCGGCUCCCGGAGCGUGCUCUUGGUUUGGGUCAAGAUCUUUAUCCGCAGAAACAACCAAUCUUCAGCCUGUCAAAGAACAUGCCGUGAAAGAAAAGUGAUUACCUACUACGUUAUUUUUUAUAUCUAAUUCUUUUUACCUACAUUAUUUAAUAUUAAAAGUUUGACAAGAAAAAAAUACUGUUAUUUACUUAUAUCUAUGUUCUGUAUUGUAAUAUGCUCUUUGCAAAUAAUCCAUAUUGUGGAAAGACGUUUGAUCAAUCAUUUCAAUUUUUAACAGUGUAUUCCAGUGUGAUUUACUUAUUUAAUAUAUUACAAAUUUAUCUAUUAGUCUAUGACUGUGUCCAAAAAAUAUAUUUAUGCUCUUAUUA